CUCGGUCAGCCCCGAUCUCGCCGCAUCGGCAGGGUUUUCCGCACCUCGUAGCGAACACCAGCGCGGGAGAUUCUGGGGUAUGGGGGAGUCCAUGCUUCCCCAUAGACCCCACGUCUGAAGUCGACGCCAUCGUGUGUUUGGCAAGCAUUGGCAGCACAUCGGACACUCAACCAACCAUGACGACUGAUCACCACUGGGGCGUAUAAAGCCAUUGAACAUCCCCAAGGGUUACUUUCUAUCUGCAAGUCAGUCGCCCGAUCCUGACAAGAGCACCAAUACCUCAAUCUUGGAUCGUCCUUCAUCAUGACCCAUCAAGAUUCUUCGUCUGUUUCGAAACCAAGCGCGGAGAUUGUCAAGAUCGAGCGCGCUGCUCCUGAAGAUGCUUCCGUUUGGAUUCAACAAUACCCUCUCAUCCGUGACAAGUCUCCCGAAGAACUGGCAGCUCUCAACAAAUCUGUGCUGAGAAAAUUGGAUUGGAAGUUCCUACCGUGCAUUACAUUGAUGCUGCUCAUGAACUACCUUGAUCGUAUAAAUGUAUCCAAUGCUCGUCUCGCCGGCAUGCAGGAAGACCUUCACAUGACAGACGUCGAAUGGUCUGCCGGAAUCUCUCUCUUCUAUGUCGGCUACAUCAUUUCUCAGGUCCCCGGCAACGUCAUCAUCGCAAAAUCCUCCCCCCGAGUCAUCAUGCCAUGCAUCAUGCUAGCGUGGUCGGCCGUCACGAUUGCUAUGCCAGCCGUCACACGACCAUGGGGCUUCAUGCUCUGCCGCUUCCUUGUUGGUGUUACAGAAGGUCCAUUCCUGCCUGUUGUCGCACUGAUGACAUCGUCGUGGUACACCAAGGAAGAGUCACCUCUACGCAUGGGUAUUUGGCAUGCUGGUAACAUUAUUUCGAAUGUUUUCUCAGGUCUGCUAUCUGCAGGUAUCUUGACCAACAUGGACAAUAUUGCUGGCCUCCACUCAUGGCAAUGGUUCCUGCUGCUCGAAGGAAUCGCUUCGAUCCUUGUCGCAAUCCUUGGAUUCUGGAUGCUGCCCAAUUUCCCAAACAACACUGGCACAUAUUACUUCACCGAAGAAGAGCAACAGAUUUCUCAGUAUCGUGUGCUUGUUUCGGCUGGUGGUAUAUCAGAAGAUGAGGAGGGCGAUAUGGUCGCAGGUGUCUGGAUGGCGGUCAAGGACCCCUUCACAUGGUUCUUUGCUGGCAUGCACUUCUCCCUCAUCAUUGCUCAAAGCUUCAAGGACUUCUUCCCUUCCAUCAUGGCAACACUUGGCUUCGGCAAGGUCGAGACAUAUCUUGUCCAGGCACCGCCUUAUGUCAUCGCCUACAUUGUCACGCUUGUUGUAUCCUGGUCCUCUGGUCGCAUGCUCGAACACUGCUGGCAUAUUGUUGCUUGUAUCUCCGUCACACUUGCUGGUGCUGUUCUGAUGGUUUCGACUCUGAACGUCGGCGCCCGCUACUUCUCCUUGAUCUUGCUCUGCUCGGGCCCAUUCGUUGGUCUCAACAUUCAACUUUCAUGGGAGACCACGGUUGUUCCCCGCCCGCGAACCAAGCGCGCUGCACUCAUUGCCAUCGCCAACUGCGUCUCGAGCGUCUCGCAUUGGUUCAGCCCAUACUUCUUCUUGCGUUCGCAAGAGCCCAGGUACCAGAUGGGUGGAGGUAUUAUUAUCGCCGGUUGCGGUCUGACCAUCGUUUUCUGUCUCCUUGCCAGAUUCUGGUGCAUUCGCAAGAACAAGGCACUUGAUCGCGAAGAGGAACGCACUGGAGAUGUCACGACUUGGCGCUUUGCGACUUGAAGUGCGAGCCAAUCCUGUAGAAGACAAGAUGCUUCGAACGCUCAGAGCUUAAAGUCGAGUAUACUCUCGCAGUGUCUGCGUUCUCUCUUGAUUGUAUUCAGUAGGAACUACUAUGCGUACAGAAAUAGUUUACUAUUAAUGAUUAUCACUGCAAGAUGUC